AUGACUCCCCGCCUGCUGGCCGUCCUGGCCCUCGUUCAGGUGGUGCUCCCGGAGCCGGCGUGGCUGGCGACAGGACCACUGACUCUGGCGCAACUUGCAGCGGGUCAGCUGUCGAGCACUGAUCUGACUGAGAGUCAGCUGACGGAGAGUCAGCUGAUGGAGAGUCAGCUGGCGAGCAGCCUGGAGUCGGAGAGCCAGGCGUCAGUGAAUCAGCUGACUCUGCAGCAGCUUGCAGAGGGUCAGCUGUCGAGCGCUGAUCUGACAGAGAAUCAGCUGACGGAGAGCCACCUAACGGAGAGUCAGCUGACGGAGAGCCAGCUGACGGAGAACCAGCUGACGGAGAGUCAGCUGAUGGGCAGCCUUGAGUCGGAGACCCAGGCGUCAUCUUUCGGCGUCGACCUCAAUCCCGGACAGUACGGCUUCACGGUGAACGCCGGCGAGAAGUUCGCUGGGGAGCAGAUCGUUCUGCUCUACUCUCCAGGUUUGUUUCCGAAUAUUCUGAAGAACGGCUCGGAAGUGAAUGGCGGCCUGCCGCAGGUGGGGUCGCUGGACGUCCACCUGAAGCGGUUCCAGGAGGACCUGGAACGAUCCGUGCCCGACGUCAACUUCAGCGGCGUGGGGGUGAUCGACUUCGAGGGCUGGACGCCCUGGUUCGCCGCGCUGGCGAGUCCACUCAAGCAGGCGGCGCUACAGCUGGUGCGGCGGCAGCACCCGCAAUGGACGGACACCCGCGUCGCCGAACAGGCUCGGGAGGACUUUGAGUGGUGGGCUCGCCUGUUCCUUCAGCAGACGCUGGAGGCGGCCGAGCGUGCCCGGCCGGCCGCCGCCUGGGGCUACUACCAGUAUCCGCUCUGCGGGAACCUGCACAUCCCCAACGGCACCUGUCCGCAGUCAUGGCGCGACAAAAACGACCGGUCAGUGCUGCCAUUUCGCAGCCGAGCCGGGCAGUAG